AGGGUUUUAGGAUACAGGUUCUGUCAGUACUUUUGGCAUGAGGGUGGGCGCUGUUCCGCCUGUCACACGGGCCUGGGGAGCUUUGGUCUAGGGAAUGGCAGCGGCUAGUUCUGCGUGGAUCCCAUUAGAACAAAAGCUAGAGUAGAGGCGAGUGUGGUGGCUGGCGUACGCCUUUAAUCCCAGCAUUCGGGGGCUGAGGCAUGCGGAUCUCUAUGAGGAAACUGAGGCCCAGAGAGGUUAAGUGUAUUGGCCAAAGUCAAACAGCUAGUAAGUGAUGGAGCCAGGACUCAAACUCAGCUUAGGAGCCAUGUCCACCUUGUUCCCUUCCCUGUUCCCUCGUGUGACUGAGACAUUGUGGUUUAAUCUGGAUCGACCCUGUGUGGAGGAGACAGAGCUGCAGCAGCAGGAGCAGCAGCAUCAGGCCUGGCUUCAAAGCAUCGCAGAGAAAGACAACAACCUGGUACCUAUUGGCAAGCCAGCCUCAGAGCACUAUGAUGAUGAGGAAGAAGAGGAUGAUGAAGAUGAUGAGGACAGUGAAGAGGAUUCAGAAGAUGAUGAGGACAUGCAGGACAUGGAUGAGAUGAAUGACUAUAAUGAGUCACCUGAUGAUGGAGAGGUCAAUGAGCCUCCUCUUCAGGUGGACAUGGAAGGCAACGAACAGGAUCAGGACCAGUGGAUGAUCUAGGUAGACAAGCCAAGGUGGCCUCAGGGUGAUUCCAGGCCACCCCAACCUAUCUUGCAUCCACAGCUUCAGCCCCUCAGCCUGCAGAACCAACUUGUGGCUGUAGUGUCUAAAGCUUUCCCUUAGGCACUUUCUCAGCUGCUGCCAGGACAAGGUUUGCUUGGGCCCUCCCAGGCCAUCAGUCUUCCCUUGAAUCCCUAGAGCCUGAGCCCAUCCCACCUUCCUGGCUGGUACCUCAUUCCUUGGUUGCCAGGUGUGGUCCCUUUCUAACCCUCUUUAAUAAAGACACAGGACUGAUUCUUUCCCCCAA